AAAUAUACUUCAAUAGUUAUAAUGUACCACAAGCAAAACAUUUUCAAAAUCUACGAAUUUAUGGUCGAGAAAAAAAAAGUACCAGUUGCCAAAUUAUUAUUAUAGAUGCCAGUGUCGAUACCUACACCAUGACAUCAGACAUACAGACAGAUUGCUAUGAUGGAAAGCGAUCGAAAAUUAUAAAACCAUCGACAGCGACGGAUAGGUAUUUCACCGCGAGUAAAAUAGAAGAACGCGCACAACAUUGCGUUGUCGUCGAAUCAGGAUAACACGAGCGCGGUGGAUCACUUACUCUCGACCAUAUUGUACGGACUGUAGGUGCGGACGAUUCCUAGAUCGUGCAAGUUCCAGCAAUUGUUGCCGAAUCGGCAUGAUCCUCUUAUGUAAUACAAACAAACCGAAGAAGAAGACAUGAUGGACGUGUAAUCGUGCAAGUUCCAGCAAUUGUUGCCGAAUCGGCAUGAUCCGCUUAUGUAAUACAAACAAACCGAAGAAGAAGACAUGAUGGACGUGUAAUCGUCGAAGGCUCCUGUUGUUGUAGCGUCUUAUCGGCAAGUCCGCGUAACGUCGCUGUUAAACGUUGCGGUGUAGUCUACCUACGUCGUCCAACAACGGUAUUGUGUGGCUGGCUGGUGCUGAAACGACAGAGAGUGUGUACGUGGCUUAUGCAAUAUACGCAGUUAGGAAACCUAGUGUAACUACGCUCGAGCUCCGGAUGGAAAGCUUUGUAGGCGUGUCCUACACCCGUGCGAUGGCGGUCGACUGUUACUGUUUGUUAUGGAAGGGUGGCGGGGGUCUCGGAGUUUGGCCCGAAUGUUAGUCAGCUCCUGCAGUAAUCUGUCUCGCGAUGCGAGUGUGACCAUCACAUAAUUGUGGUAACACUGUGAAGUGUUGCUGUAGUGAUACAUACAUAUAUAACAUAGAACAAAAUCAACCAAUGAGAAGUGGAGAACUACGAUAUAGGCCGGAGGUGAAGAAGAUGCGUAUCUAGUGCGCAAAACUAGUAAAACUGUGAUGAUAGCUAUAUAAUUUUUCAUGCCAAAAGCCAAGAGUUCAACCAAUAUUUCUAUGUGUUUAUCGAUGUCGGCUAUAGUUCGGUCGCAUUUUACAAUAUUUGUUCACGGGGAGCCGCUCAAGUACUUGACGACGAUAAUAUAACGUGUGUUUGAUCACAAUAUUAGAAUACCUACCACGCUCUUACAUAAGUAGCCGUUCCUGUUCCUAAACAGAAUUUCCAGAGAGAACACCGAACGAUACGGCAACUCGCGCAAAAUGGCGUUUUACUACUCGAAACGUUUCCCAAACAUGUGUAUGAGCUCAACGUUCUACGACGACAUAAUGAAAACCACCGAAAUGCACGUGAACUAUUACAAAUCCCGUUGGUUUGAUUUUGGUGAACUAUAUUUAGAGCCAUCUUUCAAUGAAGCCCCAGUUCCAUGGACUAAUCGUUCAGUAUUACAACCAAUAGAGUCACCAAUAAAAUCAGCUGAAGCGAAUAAUAAUAAAAUACAUGUCAUCAAGAACGAUGAUACUAAAAGUGGCAGCAUUGACUCAGAUAGUUCUAGGUCUGAAACUUCCAUUGAUGAAAAGACUGCGUCAUAUGCAAAAAUAAUCAAAUAUUCCAAACCUACCAAAUCAAAGCAAUAUGAAAAACUGGAUUAUAAUAUUAUUGAAAAAUCUAGAAAAGAAUCUAUUAAAUCUAAUAGAAUUCUACUAUCUAAAAAAAUAUCAAUUAAGCUGCCUAUAGCUCCAUUCCUACCAAAUAACCAACAUUGUGCAUUUUGUAAAAACAAUGGUGAAGAAGAGUUUGUUUAUAGAACACAUUUUCUUAAAGAUGAACUUGGGAAUGUGAAGUGUCCAAUUUUAUCAAGGUACACGUGUCCAUAUUGUAGUGCAACUGGGAAUAAAGCACACACUAUUAGUAGAUGUCCAUUUAGCAUCAGGCAUAUUUUAGUUUUAUCUCUUUAA